AACGUUUUUCUCCAUUCAAAAAUGAAGAGAAUAGGGUUAGUUCGUGUUUGAUAAAAUAAAGAAGAAGCCCGAUACCACCAAGUUCACCACCAACCUCAACACCGCAACAAUGUGAUGUAGCUACGACGGUGGAACCGAUGCAUCAUCACUGAUUCAAAUCAAAUCACUCACAUAGUAACUUUCACUCUUCUCAAUUCUCAACACUCUCUCAUUCUCAUGAGUAAAACGUGAGAAACAGAAACACUGAAGAAAACGAACCAGAUCCUUUUCACAAUGCCCCAUUUCUUGAUCAAACAACCCGAGCCCUCUGAUUUGUUUUUCCCAGGUGGUCUCUUCCUUCACGCUGACACAGUUCCCACCUCCUUCAUUUCCUUCCUUCCUUCUCCUUCUUCCUCCAAUUCUGGCACGGUUCCGUGUUUUUCAUGGACUCCCAAGAAAAGGGUCGGUUGCGAUGUUCUACGGGUAGAAGGAACACCCAUGUUCUCCUCGCUGAGCUUGUCCAUAAACGGAAGCGAUUCCGAUCAGAGAGAAGUUCUGGGGCAACAUGAGAAAAAGGUAGAAGAAGGUGUGUGUCAAGUGAAGGAGAAUGUUCGGGUCAAGGGAUCGGGUGCUAUGAACAUGACCAAACAUCUCUGGGCUGGAGCUGUUGCUGCCAUGGUUUCAAGGACUUUUGUUGCUCCUCUUGAGAGACUUAAGCUGGAGUACAUAGUUCGUGGUGAGCAGAAGAACCUUGUUGAGCUUAUCCAGACAAUUGCAGCUUCUCAAGGGUUGAAAGGCUUUUGGAAGGGGAAUUUUGUAAAUAUUCUUCGGACGGCACCCUUUAAGGCUAUCAAUUUUUAUGCCUAUGACACGUAUAGAAAUAAAUUGUCGAGGAUGUUAGGGAACGAAGAGUCUACGAAUUUGGAGAGGUUUGUUGCGGGUGCUGCUGCGGGGAUUACAGCUACCUUGCUCUGCUUGCCCAUGGAUACUAUCAGGACAGUAAUGGUAGCCCCUGGUGGUGAAGCCUUAGGAGGUGUAAUUGGUGCCUUCCGCCACAUGAUCAAAACUGAGGGCUUCUUUUCUCUUUACAAGGGUUUAGUACCCUCCAUUGUCAGCAUGGCACCUUCAGGUGCUGUCUUCUAUGGUGUUUAUGAUAUUUUAAAGUCAGCAUAUCUGCAUUCACCUGAGGGAAUGAAGAGAAUCCAACAUAUGAAGGAAGAGACUGAAGAGCUAAAUGCUUUUGACCAACUGGAAUUGGGUCCUGUUAGAACUUUAUUAUAUGGUGCUAUUGCUGGUUGUUGUGCUGAAGCUGCUACAUAUCCCUUUGAAGUUGUAAGAAGACAGCUUCAAAUGCAAGUUCGGGCAACAAGGUUGAAUACCCUGGCAACAUGUGUCAAGAUUGUUGAGCAAGGAGGUGUUCCUGCUUUCUAUGCAGGAUUAAUUCCCAGCUUAUUGCAGGUGUUACCAUCAGCAGCUAUUAGUUACUUUGUAUACGAGUUCAUGAAGAUAGUCCUCAAAGUAGAAUCAGCUUAGAUGAUUAUUCCAGCAAAUUCAAACGCCAGACAUAGUUUGAUCUUUGAAGAUGAGAAUUCUCUUCUCAUUUCGUCUUUGUCACCCAUCAUUUUUGGGCACUGAAUGUUGUUAGAUGUAGGAGGGAAUCAAGGAUGUCUCACACGAAUAAUUUGUGAUGUUUUCAGUUGGAUCUGUUACUGACUUCAUACGGUUUACUUAAUAAUAAUAUGAAGAAAGAAAAAAAGCGUGACCGUUUGGCCUGAUA